ACUGUUUCGGCUCAAGCUGGUGCCGGACUUGGACGUUUUCAGUGAGGACGUCGAGUUCGUGUCCACGGGUGGAACGGUAACCUUCGACCCCGGAGCGGCGUACAUCGGCACGCUCGAAGAUGAUGAGGCGGCCUCGGUGAGCGGUAUCAUAACCUCGAACGGGUUAUUCGAUGGGGUCGUUUCGACGCGUCUGGACGACUUCUACAUAGAGCCGUUGUCCAGGUACCUGGAAAACGGUAGAAAUCGCUCGGACGCUAUUCACUCUAUAGUCUACAAAGCGUCGGACGUGGAUAGACCGGAUGCGAGCGAAACCGGAUGCGCUUCGGAGAAGCUUCGAAGAUCGCGGAGAUGGCUUCUUCAGGCGGAAGCGAAACAUCCACAAGACGAGGCCUCUCACUACUGGCAUCCCAACAUCCGCACUCGUCAUCCGUCCUUCGACUUGAACACUCCGUACAAUCAGCCGAUCGAUGAGGAUCUGAUAGACAUUACUCCGAACCGGACGUUCACCGACGUUUCCGGUUUGAUCUUCAGAAACGUCAACAAACGCGCCGCCAUCGAUCCGAAAAAAACGACAUGCAUGCUUUACCUUCAAGCAGAUCAUCAAUUCUUCCAAAAGUAUGGAACCGAGGAGGCCUGCAUCGAGGUGAUGACGAGGCACGUGCAGAGGGUCAACUCCAUCUACAAAAACACAGACUUCAAUCAGGACGGAAAACCGGAUAACAUCACGUUCAUGGUGAAGAGGAUCAAAGUUCACACGACCGAAGCGGUUAAGGAUCCUCUGUACAGGUUUCCCAACAACUACGGAGUCGAAAAAUUCCUCGAGCUUUUUUCUGGUAAGCGAAACUUAGAAAUAACUUAAUAUGAUGAAAGAGCGUUUCACCCCAAAAUAAAGUUGGUACGAAACGUUUGUCAACAACAAAAAACACUAACAAACAAAACAUGCGCGAGACAAAGGAGAGGUUAU